CUCGAAAGAUUUUUCGUGUUUUCUGUGAAAUAACUGGAGAUAUUUCCUCCGUUCCAGGACACGAUGGCCAAAAACACUUCCAGCUCUGCAUUCCGCAAGAUCGAUGUGGAUCAGUACAACGAGGACAACUUUAAGGAAGAUGAAGCGGAUCAGGGCUCGAGCGGGACGAUCGUGCCGGAUGAGGCCGAAAUCAACACUCUGCUGAAUCAGGGACGGAACAUCGACGCACUAAAAACGGUUCUCCAGAACGCACCGCUACUGUGCAAGAAUCAGCAGGUGAAGGAUAACGCGCUGAACCUGACACUGCGAGUGCUUCUAUCGAUAAAAUCGUCCCAGAUUGAUGCGGCCAUCGAGGCGUUGGACGAUCCGGAGCUGUGCGAUGUGCUGAUGAAGUACAUCUACCGUGGGUUCGAGAUUCCCUCGGAAGGCUCCAGUGGCCAUCUGCUGACCUGGCACGAGAAGGUGUUUGCCAAGGGCGGUGUCGGAAGCAUCGUGCGUGUACUAUCCGACAGUGCCCGGGCAUAGGUUGCUGCAGUAUUGCCACGGGAGUCAUCCAACUCCAACUCCCCGAACCACACAACCAUGAGUCAUUUGAGCCCGUUAUUUUUAUGCCCUUCCCUAAGAUAGCAUUUAUUGAAAAAAGCAAAGUGCGGUAACCCUUUCUAGUGCGUUUAAAUAAAUAGAGGUUUACCUUAAGAACGGA